GGUACACGUUUUGGAUAACUACUUAGAUUUCUGAUGAUAUUUUGUACCCAAUUUUGGGGAGACGCCAACUGACAGCUCUUUCGCCGCGUUUUUUGUUUCUUCUGCGAUGCAAAUUUUUGGCGCGAAGUUUGGUGCGUUGUUUUUGUCAGAUUCCUCGUGUUUUUUUAGCUGCCUGCCGGAAUCCGGUGCGGAUUAUUUCGACGUUUCUUUUUUGAGCAGAAAAGUCAAGGUUUUACCACUCACCAUGUCCGUCGAGGUUCACAAGGAAAAAUUUGUCACUUCAGUUAAAUCAAACAAGUACGAGAUCACGUGGGUCCUGAAUGAUUUCAGCGCCUGGUGGGACAAAGUAAAAGGCGGUCAAGAAUCGUUAAGAUUUCCAUCUGGCGUGGAUGAUCAUGUGGUUAAAUGGUUUAUAAUAUUUCAUCCUAAGAAAUCUGAAACCCACUCAGGAUUGUACCUUCAGGCGGCGAAUCAAACAGGCAAUCUCGAGGUAUAUUAUGAGCUUGCGAUGGAAGACUCCAAAAGAAAUACUAUCGUGAAGAAAUCAGACUUGACGACAGAUGAUUGGAGUACGGGAUGGGGUUGGGAUAAAUUUAUUGGAAACGGAGAAUUACUUGAAGCUGUAAAACCGGAAGAUCAACUUUACAUAGUAUGUAAAAUGACCACGUAUGAAGGAAUCAUUAACGAAUCGCUUCGUGAGAACCUUCCAGAACCUAUGCCGGGCAGCCUGUCCAAAGAUAUGGACACUCUUGUUGAAGGCCCAAAGUUCGGCGAUGUGACGAUUCUGAUCGACGGACAGCGUUUCUUGGCGUACAAAGGAAUCCUCUCAGCCAGGAGUGCCGUAUUUGCGGCCAUGUUCGAGCACCCGAUGCAGGAAAGUACGGAGAACUGCAUCGCCAUCAGCGACGUCGAACCGGGAGUCUUCAAGGAACUGCUGCGGUACAUCUACACGGACCAGUUGACCUGCUUGGAAACGAUGGCGCAGAAGCUGUACCAAGUGGCCGACAAGUACGACAUCCAGACGUUGAAGAGCCUUUGCCGGUGCCAUAUCGUCAAGAAGAUGAACUCGGAAACGGCCGCGGACACUUUGGUGCUAGCCGACAUGCACGGUGACAAAGAGAUGAAGAGCCACGCACUGCGGUUCCUCAGCGGAAGCGAGGCGGGUAAGUCGACUAAAUCUGCCGGCUGGAAGAAAAUGUUCCGGACUCAUCCCUACCUCGUGGAUGAGACAAUUGGAGCACUGACGGCUCGGAAGAACGUUAGCUAGAAGCCGCUGCGUUCAAUGUUAUUUUUCUGAUAUAUAUCCAAAAACAUAGUAAAAUACAUCGUUUUAUUUAACCAAUAUUUUCAGACUACCUUUUUAAAUACGUAGUUUUUUCCGUGCAAUGUUGAUAAAACUUGUUUCAUUUCCUUGUGUUCCCUUGAAAACUUGCCCAAAACCAUUUUCCAAAUUUGCAUUCAUUUUUGCCAUUUCCGAAAAGAUGUAAAACUACCAAAACAACUCCGGAACCGACCAGCUACAGGAUGAGUUUGCUUGCCUUCGGACGUCACCGAGGCAAAGCUGCUGGAAAAGUUCUCCGCGGUCGGUGCCGUCUGCUCGGUUCGGAUCGGCCGGGACAGAGUCACCUGGCGGUUCCUCGGGUACGCGUACGUCAGCUUCCGGCUUAUCGGAGGAUGGUACGAUUUGUUUACUUU